CGCCUAUCGAAGUUAUUUUACCUGUACCUGACAGGUGCCAACGGGUACUUUAGUUGUUCCUAUACGUUCUCUCUCGUUGAUGUGGUACUCCAUUUUUUCGAAUACCUGUCCUUGACGUGUGUUUGCAAGUGAAUUGUAUUAUUAUGGAUUAUUAGGAUACGUUCGAUUGAUUAUACAUAAACAUGGCUUAUCGAAACGGAUACUCAGACAACAGAGACAGCAGGGAGCUGGAGAGAGACGACAGGAUCAGUGAUGGGGGCAAACCGGCCCAUAUCAUCGAACAUUUGGCAACGUUCACCGUGGCCAAAGAAACUGGGAUUAUCUAUCCCGCCGACGGGAUGCGGAGGCUUUUGCAACUAGAGAAAUCCAAUGGGAUUUGGUCGCAAAAAAUGCAACUUUGUUUGGAGAAUUCUUGGGUACUCAUUUUGGAUUAUGAAACGGAUAGUGUCAUGGAAAGAUUUCCGGCCAACUCGAUACAAGAACCGACGGCUUUCAUGAGUCAGGACCCCAUGGAAAUGUAUAAUAAUAUUUUAGUGUUCAUUGUAACGAAUUCUAAUCAAUCCCAUCCACCAGAAAUGCACAUCUUCCAGUGCCAAAGUAUAUCGGCCCAAGACCUGGCCGAGGACCUGAUGCAGCUGCGCAUGGGCAAAGCGCCAACGCGCAGCCGCAAGAGCAGCAUCCCGCCGCCGACGUUUCGCGCCCCACAGAACAUCGUCAACCCGACGCGCGAACUUCCCAGGGACAAGGAGAGGGACAGAGAGAGGGACAAGGAGAGGGAUAGAGAGAGGGACUAUCACGGCUCGGACUCGGAACUGACGGCGAACAACGACGACGCCAGCUCGACGACGAGCGAGAAGUACGAGCGGGACGUGACGAUACUCAACCACUGUUUCGACGACAUCGAGAAGUUCAUCGCCAGACUGCAGCACGCGGCCGCAGCCGCCAGAGAGCUGGAACGCCGCCGCAAAUCCCGGAAGAACAAAAAGCGCGACAUGGGCGACGGCAUGCUCACCAUGCGCACCAAACCGCCGCCCGAGAAGGAGUUCGUCGACAUCUUCCAAAAGUUCAAGCUCUCCUUCAACCUGCUCGCCAAACUCAAGGCGCACAUCCACGACCCGAACGCGCCCGAACUCGUCCAUUUCCUGUUCACUCCGCUCGCGCUCAUCGUCGAAGCUGCGCACGACACCUAUUUCGAGCUGCGCGUGCCGCACAACGUGGUGGCGCCGCUGCUGACGCGCGAGGCGGUCAAUCUGCUCAUGAACUGCGUCACGAGCAAGGAGACGGAGCUGUGGCAUUCGCUCGGCAGCGCGUGGCUCAUACCGAGGGACCAAUACAAAGGCCACGUACCGACCUAUCACCCCGUAUUCAUGGACGGCUGGUCGCCGGAGUACCCGAUCCAGGAAGACCCCGAACACAAGCCGUACCAGCAGGAGGGCCAAUACAGCGGCGACUACAACGACUACCCCAGCCAGGAGAUCUACGAGCGGACGGGCCAGGAGAAAGAUGCACAUAUACAGGGCGACAGCACGCGCAGCGACAUCUCCGCCGACUCGAUCGAGCACCAUAACGGGGAGGAGCGCGGGUUCGGCAGGAACCAGGAGGGGUUCUUGGAGGAGCUGCAGAACAGGGGGGCGAAUAUCGUGCAGGUCACCUAUCCGAGGACGGCGAACAACGAUAAGGAGCUGACGGUGGCGAGAGGGGAAUUUCUCGAGAUUUUGGACGACACUAGAAAAUGGUGGAGGGCGAGAAACAGUAGAGGACAAAUUGCCCACGUUCCCCAUACCAUAGUCACACCUUACGUUUUUAGUAACCCAUUGUACAGUCAGAACUACAAUAGAAGACCAGAAUCGCCUUCAGAACCAUAUAUGAGUGGGAAUAGCGCGCAAGACAGUCCGUCCACACCGAAAAAUAGCGCGGACUGGAUAAGAAAUGAGAGGAUCGACCCGAACGAAAACGCCCCCCCACCACCUCCACUUCCCCCACCCGUCACUCCCCCACCCCCGGAAACCCCUCAGCCGUUGCGCCGGACGCAAUCCAGGCAAUCGAUAGUAUCGAACAAAUCUACGAUGCACGAGGAACUGACCAGCGUGCUGACUUUGGUCCGAGAAAAAGCCAAGCAGAAGCACCUGGACAUCAAGCAGACCGCAGAGGCGUACGUCGAUCAGCGGUCGACCCCUUCGGAGGUGAGGGAUUGGCUGAAGGCGAAGGCUUUUGACGAGAGCAUAAGGAACAAGUUCGCCGGAGUCAGCGGGCACGAUCUGUUGGGGUUCAAGAAGGUCGAGUUGGAGAGGAUAUGCGGCAAGGAGGAGGGUCGGAGGCUGUACUCGCAGCUGAACUUGCAGAAGUCCAUCAGCGGGUUCCAAACAGCGCGAACCACUGAAUUGAAGGCUAUAUUGGCUAAAGCAAGACAAAAAAUUGAGACCGACAGACGUGAAGAAGAAGAUAGUGAUGAUACGUCAUUAUAGAAGAAAUAUAAUUAUCAGGGCAGUAUUCAAUUGAAUUACUAAUGUUCCAUAUCAAUUCCGUACUAUAUUAUAUCAAACUGGCAUACGUGUUUCAGAAAAUAAAUAUAAUUUAAG